AUGUCAACGGCAGAUCCGCCGCGUGGCGGUGGUCGUGGUCGUGGUCGUGGUCGUGGCGGUGGCCGUCCUCGAAAGGAACCCGAGGUGCCCGAACAUCUAAGAGGUCAAGACACUUGCUUCUGCGACCGCUGUCGCAGAAAUCUCCCGAGAGAUCAGUUCCUCCAGCCCGAUGGACAGAGCGUAUUCAAGACCUGUCAAAGUUGUCGGGACAUUAGAAACGCAGGCAAUCGUCGGCGUGAAGAAGAGCGACAACAGCUACUUGCCCAGCAACAACUUGCUCAACAGCAGCAAUUUGCCCAGCAGCAAUUUGCCCAGCAGCAAUUUGCCCAGCAGCAAUUUGCCCAGCAGCAAUUUGGUCAGCAACAAUUUGGCCAGCCGCAACUUGGUCAGCAAUACUUUGGUCAGCAGCAAUUUGGUCAGCCGCAACAUGGAGUCAUCCGCACAGCUCGAGAGGCUGAACUUGGUUCUCCCGAGCAUCGUCGCCGUCCAUUCGACCAAGGAUACCCCGAGCCAAGUCAACAUGUACGUACCCCAUUCCCUGCACUUCUCUCCAUGAAAAUAUGCCUAGUCAAUUCGUACAUCUCUCGAGAUUUCCACAUGAUCAAGAGGAUAACAGAGGCUGACCUGUAUCUCUGCCAGAUGUACAAUCAACCGUCAUAUGGCCAGCAGUACAGUCAACAUGGUCAGUAUUAUCAACAGCCAUACGGACAGCAGCCGUAUGGACAGCAGCCGUAUGGACAGCAGCCGUAUGGACAGCAGCCGUAUGGACAACAGCCGUAUGGACAGCAGCAACAACAGCCAUACGGACAACAACCACAUGGACAGGAUCCCUUUGGCCCGGCCUAUCCUGGUGACAUGAGGGCACACCAAGGACCACAGCCGCUUCAUCCCAACGUGGCUCUGCAGCCACAGAACCAGAAUAACCAUGAGCUCGAUUGGUUUUCCUGUACCAUUUGUCGGGUACCUCGAGCCAUGAAUGCCGUGGAACGCAUCCGAGUUGAAGGAGCGCGACGAGUUUGCAUUUAUUGUGCAAAUGAUCUCGGAGUUCACAUGUACGAAGAAAUGCGCUGGUGUAUUCAAGGUCAUCAUUCCGAUCACAGACGCACCUUCAUUGACCUCCACUACGUGGAGCAUCCCCACUGCUUUCGUCACGGUGUUGCUUUGCCUCAGCCAGAAGUGGUCCAACAACCAGCGCUUGUCGGCAAUCUUCAGGACUUGGCACUGGCGAAUGAAUUCCAUCGACCCACCGGUCUCGCAGCAGAUGCGUCUCUGGUUCGCGAGUUUCAAAGAGUCAUGAACGAGAACCAAGUAUCUACAUGCUCCCGUUGCAAUGUGUCAUGGCCGAAUCUAGAGAUUGGCAGAAAUGACAUUUGCAAGCAUUGCCACGACAAGGAUGAUGCCAAGCCCAACGAGGUUCAUUUCUACUCUGCACUCAAUCAUCUGAAAUAUGCAGACGUGGACCUACCCGAGCUGACACGAAUCGAGGAAAUGCUGAUUGCUCGGUACCAAGUCUCGACCGACGUAUUUCAGCUUGACAGAGGCAACUGGCAUGUAGGCAUGCUGCCGCUGGAAAAGGUGGAGGAAUGCAAAUCCCUUCCCGGUCGCAUUCAACAUUUACCCGUGACCGUCAUUGUACCGGCAAAUGUACAUGUCAAUGCCGUGGCUCUACCCGAUUUUCGAGUCCGACAGAACCACAUUCGCGUCUGGCUAGAGUACCUGAUGGAAAACCACAUUGUGUACAACGGCAUGCAAAUUGAUCUAGAGGCAUUGAAUGCACUGCCCCAAGAUGGCAAUGUGAUGGACAGUGUCCAUUGCAUCACCUGCGAAACUCGCAGCGAUGCUGCUGUCGACGAGCAACAUAAGGUACAGCUGUCUACGGUGCCCGAUCUGGUUGUGCCAGUUCGACCCAUUGACAUUAUUUGCCGUCGCAUCAGCGAAUUCGAUAGGACUGCCUUGAUUGUCGCUGGAGCCUUUCCCACGCUGAUGCCCGACGGACAUGGCGAUCCCAAUGAACAUCGCCAGCGUCCGAUCAGCGACGUUGACUUUGUCAGGCAUGCCCUACGACAGGCAAGCGGCAAAUUUGCCCGUCAUUCGCGAUUUGCACUAUACAUGUUUAAUCGAAUCACGCGUCGACGUGUUUCGGGCAUGUCUGGUUUCUAUGUCGCCAAUGUCCAUCCCAAAGAUUCUGUGCAGAUUGAGGACAUUCAAAAGGCAUUUGAAGGAGACUCUGUCGAAGGACGAGCGCUGCUGAACCACCUGUGCCGGAUGGCAAUCGAAUUGACGGGCACCAGACCGUACUGGCUGUCGCGACGCAACGAGCUCGAGUCUUUUAUUGACAUGCUGGAUUGCCCCGACAUCUUCUUGACGCUGUCUCCUGCGCAAAACUUUUGGGACGACCUGCAAAAGUUGAUGCCCACGUACGAUGAGUGGCGGAACGCGUCACCCCGGCGCCAGGUUGAAAUUGCUAGGCAAAAUGUCGAGCAGUAUCCACACAUUGCCGCCUGGCACUUCCAGCAACGCUUUACCAACUUUCUCAAGCUGGUGCUGGGACCCAAAUUUUGCAUCACAGAUCAUUGGUACCGAUACGAGUGGCAGUCAAAAGGUGCCCCCCAUGUACACUGUCUGUUGUGGUGUAAAGGUUCGCCGAAGUUUGAUGAGGACCAAGAGGCUUGGGUUCAUCAUUGGGGUCUGCAUGUCAAGGCCACCAAGGUGGACGAUCACCCCAUUGCAAAUGUCUUGUCAAUAGCAAAUCUUCCCAUGACUGACAAUAGUCUGAGUGCCGUGCUCUCCACUGUUCAGUUUCACCGAUGCUCCAUGUACUGUCUCAAGGACAAGACGUCGACGGUCAAUCGCUUGAGCAAUGAAGAGUAUCUGCUACAGACCAACAUGUCCCUUGCCCCUGGUACCCUUGAUGUACUGAGAGAGUCGGGAAAACGGCUGGAGAAUUUGAAGUGUCGGUUUUACUACCCUCGCCAAUCUACACUACAGCCCAAGGCGGACUUGUCUCUAAACGACAAGUAUCCCAUGUUUGUGGCCCAGCGCAAUGAUUCACAACUGGCACCCUACAAUGGUACCCUGGCCGUGGGUUGGCAGGCCAAUCACGACAUUACCCCUUGUACUACAUCGCAUGCAGUCAAGAACUAUAUUGUCAAGUUUGCCGGUCGUGCAGAGUCCCGAUCAGAGUCCCGAUCAGAGUCCCGAUCAGAGUCCAUGGCUACCAUGGCGAAAGAGCUUCUCAAGGACGCCAACGAGCAACGACCCUUGCACGAUUUUGCCAGUCGUUUUCUCAACAAGCUCUUCAACGACCGCGAGUGGACGCAGCAAGAGAUUCUGCACCAGCUUUUGGGUCUCCAUGUCAUGGGUGCUUCGCGAGAGGCAAUAUAUGUGGAUUGUCGACUACCGACUGAUCAACCAGCAAAGUUCUCGUUGCGAAACAAUCAGGUCAAUCAGCAAAAGUCCAUCUUGGAAAAGUACAUGAAACGACCGGUAGCCUUGAAAGAUGUCCCCUAUCGAGAAUGGCUAAGCGAUUAUAAGGACAACGUGCGACGCCUAUUCGCACAAUCAAGGGUCCUUAUUUACUUUCCGCGAUACACGCAACAAGAGGCUCCAGAAGACUAUGCGCGCGUUAAAUUAAUGCUGCACCACCCGUUUAAACAUCUUGACGACCUCAAAAAGGUCAAUGGCGUUGCCUACGAUACAUACCAAGAAGCGUAUGAAUUUUGCAUUACCAUCCACCACUCACAUCCUGUCGACUUUUACGAUGCCGUACCCCUUAAGGAUCGAAACGACAUUCAAGAGUCUUGGGACGAUUUAGAUAAAAAGGGAUAUUAG